UCCAGCAGACCCCGGCGCUGCGUCACCGCUACAGCGCGGCCGGCGGAAGGUUGGCCCCUCUCCCGCCCCGUAGUGGCUACGCCGGGCGCCUCCUCCCCCCCCCCCCCCGUUACCCCGGGCGGGAACUACGAACCGCCGCUGGCUAACGGAGACGGCCCCCUCAACCCAGGGAUGCCUGAAAGUCAGGGGAAAGACAGCGAAAGCUACAUCAGCAGCAAUAGUCCCAACACUAGCAGUUCGGUUGCUUGCUUCGGACAGUAUCAAUACACAGCAAGUGAACAUCAAGCUAUCCAGCAUGCUCUUCGUCAGAGACUGGGUCCAGAAUACAUCAGCAGUCGUCAAGCUGGAGGAGGACAAAAGGUCUGUUACCUUGAGGGUCACAAGGUAAUCAGUCUGGCCAAUGAGAUGUUUGGAUUCAACGGCUGGGCUCAUUCGGUCACGCAGCAGAAUGUUGACUUUGUAGACCUCAACAACGGCAGGUUCUAUGUGGGAGUCUGCGCAUUUGUGAAAGUUCAACUUAAGGAUGGGUCAUACCAUGAAGACGUGGGGUAUGGAGUCAGUGAAGGCCUAAAGUCUAAGGCCUUGUCGCUGGAAAAGGCAAGAAAGGAGGCAGUAACAGAUGGACUGAAGAGGGCCCUCAAGUGCUUUGGGAACGCUCUUGGGAACUGCAUCCUGGACAAAGACUACCUACGAGCCGUGAACAAGCUUCCACAUCAGAUACUCCCUGAGUUCGAUUUGGUCAAAACUAAAAGACAAGACUAUGAGCCUGAAAUAGAGAAAGCAAGAUACAGUAGCUGUUUGGAAAGGCAGAACGUAGGAGGGAGACAACAUUGUGAGAUGGCACCUAACUGUAAGCCUGGUCAGACAGAGGCUGCUGUAGUGACAGUAGAUCAGAAACAGCCAAAUAGUUCCAGGGGCAGAAAUCCAGGCUCCUUAGCUCUUGAGUGUGAUGCCACUUACCAGCGGAAAUUGCGACAAAAGCAGCUCCAGCAACAGUUCCGGGAACAGAUGGAGAAAAAGCAUCAGGUUCCAGUAGUUACUCCUAGCAGCAAACAGGCAACAUCCGAUCCUCCUGUAAAGCACAGCACUCCAGCAGCAGUACAACAAGAACUAGCAAUAGAAGAGGAGUUCUUUGCAGAUGAUCCUGAACUUUGGGACAUUUCCUUGGAGACCCUUGAUCUUAAAGUAAUGGGUCACAAAACAGCAGACCCAUCAGCUGGACACCAGACACUUGAAACACCCCGCGGCCAUCAUCAAAUGACCACUCGUAACAGGACACCUCACAGAAGGAAUUACCACAAAGCUGCUGCGAGACUUCCACAACUGCAGCCGUCUGCUGCGGUCACGAGCGGCGGCAGCUGUGCCAACCAGCACACCCCAGAGCGCAGCCCCUACAGGAGAAGUCAAAGCUUGAAGAAAAGGAGACUAGAACCAACCUAAGGCACCAUUACCUCCGUGCUAGAUUACAUCAGACUGCAGUUGGCUGUUCAAAUGAUGUGAGGAAGUUUAACGCAUUAAUGGACUUUCCUGUAUAUUAUGGUGAAGCAGCAGACGAGUUUAAUGCAGCCAGCAGGAACUUCAUGUAAUGUACUUUUAGGUUACUACAUGGUUCAGAUGCCUUUUCCUAUAAACAAGCAAUCGUUUCUGCUUCUGCAGCACUAGACUUGUGGCUGUAGGAGAAGCUGACGCUACGUGUGAUUCACCUGACACGGUAACAGAAUUAAGCUCUACCAUGAGAUGCAAUUCAUAGCUUCUUUCUCCCUCAGUGUUGCGUUUCAGCCCAGAGAAAAGAGGUUUUGGGGCAAAAGGGGGAGCGGGUGGGUUGUGGGCAGACAAGGGAGCCUACAGAGCCGUGGGAUCCCAGGCGGUGAGGCUGAGGGCGCGAAGCGGGGGCUCCCCCUCAGCCUGUUCUCGCCGUGUCGGACUCCCAGGCAGCAGCGGCGGGGCAGGACACGCUGGGACUGCUGCCAGAGUCGCACAGAGCAGCUCCCUGUCUGCUUGGGCCCUUUGUGAAAGGAGUGGGAGCCACACUUUUGUUUUUAAACAAGCUUUCGACCCUUUUCAAUAUAAAAAUAAACACGAAAUUUGAAAAACAAAGCACACUUGUAGCUGUUCGUGCCUCUCUACCCUUCAAAGCCUUACAACUUAGUUCCUGCUUUAACAAGCUCAAAGUAGUUAACACAUUGACUAGUUACAAAUAGGAAACUAAAGAGACUACCAGCGUGUCUGUACAGCCUUGUGUUUGCUUUAACAUAGGCAACAGAAAACUUAAAGUGGGUUUUAAACUCCAGAGCAAAGCAACAGCUGUUCCUUCCAAUAAAAAGGACAAAAAAAAAUAAAAAUUUAAAGCAGUAUUUCAAACUGGAUGCAGUAGUAUUUUUCAGAUGUGCAGUGCUGGAGAUGAGGGGGAUGAUAGCGCCGGGCUGGAAGUCAGAGCUGAACCAGGGAAACUUACACAAACUCUUUGAUUAGCCCAAGCCUGAAAUCAAUGUCAGACUUGAAACAGGCCCUCGUGCCUGGGCUUUACUGUCACUGCGCUAUCUGGUCAAGUCUCUUAAAGCUGUCUAAAUGUAAAUGCAUCUGAAGUAUUCAGCAUUUAUUCCUGCUCCUCCUACUUUAUUUUCACUGCUUAAUCGGUCCCCUUCAAAGAUUCUCUACUAUCCACUUACCUCUUCAGCAGGACAAAGAACAAGGAUCUUCUGGAGUAUGGAAAGAUAAGACAUAUUAUCGUUAACUGUAAUAGAUUACAUCUGGAAAAUAGUUUCCCAUUUCACUAGUUUCCAAGUCGGUGCUGCGUUCAGAACAGCACAGGGAAGAAAUACGUGCCGCAUGUUUGAGUCAUGCACUGGCUGUUGAAAUCGGAUACCUGUCAGGAGGGGAACGUGCAGGCAUUCAGAACGGCUGGAGUCGAAGCAGCUCUGAACUUUUACAACAAGAAAAAUCAAAAGCCUCAUAUAAACACGACUGCCUCAGCUUUCUUGAUUCUGUGGAAACCGUGCAAACGUAGCCAUGCCUCCUCGAAGAGAACCCAUCACACUAGGCCUCUCGGGAUUGGCCCCUUUGAAAAGAGCAGCGAAACUGCCACUUGGAGCUUUUUUUUCCUCUAAGGCCUUGUGCAGCAUGACUCAUAACAGAAGCUGUUCUUAAAAUGGAAAGAAACGCAGCAGCAAGUGGUGUUUAGAAAUACCAAAUAAUUCCUGCAAGUCUAGAGCAGAGAACGCCCCCGGAAAGUAGUUCCACGCUUCUACUUUACCAGGUCGGUUGCAAGUUUGGGGAUGGAAUUCCCGUUCACAGAGCUACACGGCAAAGGUUCUCCCCCCCCAGCCCCGCGGGCGCCCAGCCCCGCUCCCUUCCAGCCCGGGGGAGGAGGCCCAGGGGCCCGAGAGCAAAGGAGGCGCCGGGUCCCCCCGCGCCCGGGGCCAGACGGAAGCGCAGAACCGCUGCCGGGCAAGCUCCCGCCAGGGAGCACCCGCACGGCCGAGAGCGGAGCGUCCCUGCUCUCGGGGGACCCCCCGAGGGUCUCGGCCACAAAAGCAAGGGUGCUGCUUUGCUUACCCGUUAUCCCCCACGGCUUCUCCCUCCCCUUCCCUUCGGCCCCUCCUCUUGUACAACAGAUCCGUUCGAUUGAUUAUUCUUCACAGCACCUUGUUUCAGAGUAUUCGCUUAAAAACCCAGAGGCUUGUGACUGAUCUCUGCUUUUGAGAAGUUAAGGGUCUCAUUAAAAUGGGUUUCUUGUAUUUUCCCGUGAUAAACCGAUAAAUUGGGUAACAGAUCACUCCACGAAGAGGACAGAGAGGUCGAAACCUGCUGUUCAGCAAGAAAACCCACAGCUCAACAAAAGCAGGUUUGGUUUAUUUGAAUGACUUCAUUAAAUAUUCUACAAAGGUAACAAAUUGCAGCACAAAGCGCAGUCAUACAAGAAGCGCAGUGCCUGGGUUUAGUGCAAAACAUACAACUAACUACGGCCAGGGAAGCCCAAAGUUUCAAUUAAUUUUAUUUUUUUUAUUUUUAUUUUUACAGUGUACAUUGUUAAAUAAUGUAAAGAAAAUGCUUGUAAUUCAGAAACAGAUUCUAUGUGGAAAAAGAUACUCAAAGUGUAAUAUUAAACAAAAUAAUUUAACA